GAAGUGGCGGAGGCGCGGCAGGGACCGGCGCACGGCGGCGCGGCGCCUGUGGCAGCCCGGAUUCCGUCCAGCCGUGGCUCCUUGCUCCGGGUCCCCGGUCCUUAGAAGCCUUUUUCCCGCUUGUCCCUCUCCCCAUGGAUUCAUUUCAGACUGGACAGAUGCUGAGCUUGCCCGCCGAGCGUGGCAGUAAUAACUUAGAGCUGGCGGAGCCGGCGGCAUUGGCGGCCCGCGUAGACACGGGCCCCCACUCGGAGGUGGCUACAGAAGGCCCCGCACGUCUACCGACUCAGGAGCCGGAGCAACAGCAGCCUCCGGGGGCCUCGACGCGGGAGUGCAAAGUCCUGCUCACGCAGGCCGACGCCUUGGCGUCUGGAGGGCGCCUCCGGGAAGCCCUGGAGGUAUACAGACAGCUCUCGGAGCGGCAGCAGCUGGUAGCCGAGCAGCUGGAGCAGCUGGUGCGCUUCCUGGCCGAGAACGUCCCGCAAGGCGAGGCGCUGGCGGCGCCCCCGGACGGGAGCAGCGCGGUGGCGGCAGAGGAGGCAGGGGCUGCAACGGCCGCCGAAGCCACCGAGGUGUGGGACGGCUUCAAGUGCCGGAAGUGCCAUGGAUUUCUGUCAGACCCCGUGUCGUUGUCCUGCGGCCACACCUUUUGUAAACUGUGCCUGGAACGUGGGCGGGCAGCCGACCGGCGCUGUGCGCUGUGCGGGGUCAAGCUCUCUGCGUUGAUGGUGGCCACCGGGCGGACGCGCGGGGCCCGGCGGGCUGGGCAGCAGGCGCAGCCGCCGCUGCGGGUCAACGUGGUGCUCAGCGGCCUCCUCGGCAAGUUGUUCCCGGGCCCGGCACGGGCGUCGCAACUCCGGCACGAGGGCAACCGGCUGUACCGCGAGCGCCAGGUGGAGGCGGCGCUGCUCAAGUACAACGAGGCAGUCAGGCUAGCUCCAAAUGACCACUUGCUUUAUAGCAACCGGUCUCAAAUUUAUUUCACCUUGGAGUCUCAUGAGGAUGCACUGCAUGAUGCAGAAAUAGCAUGUAAGCUCCGCCCAAUGGGUUUUAAGGCACACUUCAGAAAAGCGCAAGCCUUAGCCACCCUAGGCAAGGUGGAGGAAGCACUAAGAGAGUUUCUAUAUUGUGUAUCCCUUGAUGGAAAGAACAAAAAAGCAAGAUCUGAAGCCCAAAGGCUUCUCCUUAGUUUCUUUUCACCAUCAGUCCCGGGGGAUUCUCAGGAACAUUCUCCCGAUAUCCUGAAGCUGUUGGCACCUCACCCUAGAUUAAAGGAACACGUAGAGUCAAUGGCUACUGAAGGCACCAGCCAUAAUCUACCAAACUUGUCACAGGAAAAUCCAGAGCUCCCACAUUGUUCUAGUCAGGAGGAAGCAGCAGCCGAGGGGGACUGCAGCGGCCUGGUGAACCCAGCUGAUGUAAAGGGGGAUGGGCAGGAAGACAACAUGAGAAACCAGGAAGAAGAGGAGGAGAAAGGGGAUGUUGCCUCUCCAGAAGCUGCCUCCAUCAAGACAGGCAAAUGCCAGGAAAAGAAAAGGAAACAUUGUCCAGUUGAACCCCAAGACCCAGAGGUGCCUAAUAAAGCCUCUAAGCCAGAUCUUUCUGCAGAUCAGGGGGCUAAGCCUGCUCUCAGUGUUCCGCUCGCAUCUUUUGACGCAUCUGACCUUGAAUGCUCCCUGUGUAUGAGAUUAUUCUAUGAGCCAGUCACAACACCUUGUGGGCACACGUUUUGCUUAAAAUGCCUUGAAAGAUGCCUAGAUCACAAUGCCAAGUGUCCACUGUGCAAAGAUGGUCUUUCACAGUGCUUGGCAUCAAGAAAAUACAGCAAAAAUGUAAUAAUGGAAGAGCUAAUAGCUAAAUUCCUUCCGGAAGAACUCAAGGAACGAAGGAGGCUUUAUGAAGAGGAAAUGGAAGAACUUUCUAACUUAAAUAAGAACGUGCCGAUUUUUGUGUGUACUAUGGCCUAUCCCACGGUUCCUUGUCCCCUGCACAUCUUUGAGCCUUGUUACCGUCUGAUGAUUCGUAGAUGCAUUGAGACAGGCACCAGACAGUUUGGCAUGUGCCUUGGCGAUCCUGUCAAAGGGUUUGCGGAAUAUGGCUGCAUCCUAGAGAUCAGAAACGUUCAGUUCUUUGCCGAUGGCCGCUCAGUGGUCGACAGCAUAGGCAAGAGGCGCUUCAAGGUCCUCCAUCAGGGCCAGCGGGAUGGUUACAACACAGCCGACAUUGAAUACAUCGAAGACCAAAAGGUUCAAGGAGAGGAUUGUGCUGAGCUCAUGGGAUUACAUAACUGUGUCUAUGAGCAAGCAUCAUCGUGGUUUCAUUCACUCAAAUCAUCCUUGAAGAAUCGGAUACUCAAUCACUUUGGUCCAAUGCCAGAGAAAGAUGCUGACCCCCAGAUUAACCCGAAUGGUCCAGCCUGGUGCUGGUGGACGUUAGCGGUUCUUCCAUUGGAGAGCCGAGCUCAGCUCCCUUUCCUAGCAAUGAAGUCCUUAAAGGAUAGACUGAAUGGUAUUCGGCGAGUCCUGGCCUUUAUAUCCCGAAACCAAAACUAGUGAGAGUGGAUUGCUGAAGAGGAGCUCCCAGCCUCCCCACUGCCUUAGGGGAGUCGUCUUGUAAAUAUAUCUAAUUGCAAUAACAUCUUAACAAAAGGAAGUAUCAAACAGGUAUUACCUUGCUGUUGAUCACAGAGAGAAACUGAGUAGAAAGACCAAAAGAAUGUGACCUGUUUGAAACUUUCUAUCUUAAGAUGCUUCUUGACAUGCUGCACAACUCCAUGCACAGCAGAGGUGUUUAAGAGCCCAGAAAAAAAAAAAAUUUUGAUUUUGACAUAAAAUUUUCUGAAAAUUUAAAGUGGUUUUGCUUUAAUUUUCUUUCUUUCAUAGGUGAAUGACUUGUGUAGCUAAAAUGUGAAACAAAGAUACUAAUAAUGUUGCUGCGUUAUUUCACUGACUUGAGGUCUCAUUCCAAAUGGUUCAGGUUUUAUAUAGCAUUGUGUAAAAUAAUAUGCAUACUUCUUUCUGUUUUAAUAAUUUAUUUUUUGCACUACUGUAUCCUUUUUUUUCCUACAUGUAUGUUUGUAACUAUUUAAGUUUACAUUACUGAAAAGUCAGUUGCUUUAUUUAUUUAUGUGAUUUACCUGUACCUAGGGGGAAGUAACAAUACUAGAAAUGUGCCAUUUUUGCUUUAACCAUGUUUUACUACAUUUGAUCCCAGUUCUUGAACCGUUUUUGUAUAUAUCCAAUUGGAUGCUUAAAAGGAAGUUCAGAGUCAUGCUAAGAUCAUCUGUCUUCACAGAUUCCACUUUGUUUUCAGUUUGAAUUCAACAAUAUAAAAUACUUAAACGAUUUGGCAUAGAUUAUGGAAUAAGCCAGGGUAAAGUAAAAUAAUCCAUUUUCUAUGUGCUAUACAGAGCAAGGCUAAAGGAAUUAUUUUUUUUGAAUGAAGAGAUGAAUCAGAGGAGUGUCUUUUAUUACAAUCUAUCAUAGGCAUUUAUUUCAGCAAUCUAAUUAUAUCUAAUUUCUCCCCGGUGCAAUUAGGAAUGGGAAUUUUAGGCAGGGUAAUAUUUAACUCUUCAAAGGGAAUGGUUUUCAGUUUGGCACAUCACAGCCAUGUCCAACCAGCCUCCAUACCCCACCUCUUCUGGGAGUUCUAAGGAUCAUGACCUGGCUGGCACGUGCAGAAACACUUGAUGAAGGACUGUUCAUUAUUAAAAGUGUGAAGAAGCUGGAUAGGGUAGGAGCGUCUAU